AUGAGAGUUCACACUGGAGAGAAGCCUUACACCUGCCAACAGUGUGGAAAGAGUUUCACUCAAAAAGCAGCCCUUAAAAGGCACAUGAGAACUCACACGGGAGAGAAGCCUUACACCUGCCAACAGUGUGGAAAGAGUUUCACUCAAAAAGGACACCUUAAAAAUCACAUGAGAACUCACUCGGGAGAGAAGCCAUUCACCUGCCAACAGUGUGGAAAGAGAUUUGCGCAAAAAGUGCACCUUCAAAGACACAUGAGAACUCACUCGGGAGAGAAACCUUACACUUGCCGUCAGUGUGGAAAGAGUUUUACACAGAAAAGCACCCUUCAUUUCCACAUGAGCAUUCACACUGGAGCGAAGCCUUAUACAUGCGAACAGUGUGGAAAGAGUUUCCCUGCAAAACAAAACCUUAAAGUCCACAUGAGAGUUCACACUCAAGAGAAGCCUUACUCUUGCAAGUAUUGUGGGAAGAGUUUCACACAUAUAUGCACCCGUAAUUACCACAUGAAAAUUCACACUGGACAGCAGCUGUUCACAUGUGAUCAUUGUGGAAAGACCCUCACAACAGAAUUUAGCCUUAAGUGUCACAAGAUCAGGCACACUGGAAAGAAACCCUUCGAAUGUGAUCAGUGUGGAAGGCGUUUCAUUCGUAAGGUAAGCCUUAAUUACCACAUGAAGACUCAUUCGGCAGAGAAAUGCUGUAAAUGUGAUCAGUGUGGAAAGAGUUUCAGUCAUAAAGGUAGCCUCAAUGCUCACAUUAAAAAACAACACACUCGAGAGAAGCCUGUGGGAAGAGCAUCCCACAAAUAGAAAAUCUUAAGAUUCACAUGAAAUAUGUGUGGAAUCAUGUGAAGAAACCCACAUGAGAUUUCACUCGGGAGAACUAUUUCAUAUGCCAUCAUUAUGCAAAGUGUUUCACAGUCAAAGGAAACCUGAAGACACACAUAGGAGUUAACACUGGAGAGAGGCCUUUCAAGAUCAUUCUGCAAAUAAAGUGUGACCGUGACGAGGUUUACCAAAAGAAGCAAUUUUAAAAAUCCCCAGCAUAUUCACUCUGGAGAAAGGCCCAUUAACUGUGAUCAAUGUAAUACAUUUCUUUUGACAUUACACCCGAUAGAUGCACCUAAGAAGUCAUGAAAAUUAGACGGUAUUUUUGUGCUUUGUGGAGAAAGCUUAAAACGGCCCUACAAUUCAAAAUAGCACAAGAAAAUAGGCAUCUGUUUGAAAUUUUGUUGUUUUUGUUAACUUUUUUUAUACUUGUCUUGAGGCUAUUUGUUUUUUUCUAUAAAUGAUUUCCUGUAUCCACACCUGUCUCCUUUGCUAUAGUUUCAAACAUUACAGUAGACGCGCUCUAAUUUCGAUUGUAUGGAGACAUUG